UUAGGAUUCGGCUACAAAAUGGCUGAAACGCAAGAACGUGUGAGCCGUGUGGCUCCAAAAAGUGUGAAUAAACAAUGAUGGUCAAGUUUAUAAACAUUUGUUGGGACGUACGUUUAUGCGAAAUCACUAAGUUAAAUUUAGCACGCUGCCCGGUGUGAGAGAUCUCAGUGUUGAAGAUGACGUCCAUCAUCAAGUUGACUGCUGUGUCUGGGGUGCAGGAGGAGUCUGCUCUGUGUUACCUGUUACAGGUGGAUGAGUUCCGCUUCCUGCUGGACUGUGGCUGGGACGAGAGCUUCUCCAUGGACAUCAUAGAUGCUAUGAAAAGAUACGUCCAUCAGGUCGACGCAGUGCUUCUGUCCCACCCAGAUCCACUUCAUCUCGGCGCUUUUCCUUAUGCUGUUGGCAAACUGGGUCUCAACUGUGCCAUCUACGCCACCAUCCCUGUGUAUAAGAUGGGUCAGAUGUUCAUGUACGACCUCUAUCAGUCUCGUCACAACACGGAGAACUUCAACUUGUUCACACUGGACGACGUGGACUCGGCUUUUGAAAAGAUCCUGCAGUUGAAAUACUCACAGAUUGUGAAUCUGAAAGGUAAAGGACAUGGUUUAUCCAUCACUCCUCUCCCUGCGGGACACAUGCUCGGUGGGACCAUUUGGAAAAUAGUAAAGGAUGGAGAGGAGGAGAUUAUUUACGCAGUGGAUUUCAACCACAAGAGAGAAAUUCACCUGAAUGGUUGUUCCCUUGAGGGGAUCAGUCGUCCCUCCCUGCUCAUCACUGACUCCUUCAAUGCCACUUACGUGCAGCCUCGCAGGAAACAGCGUGAUGAGCAGCUCCUGACAAACAUCAUGGAAACGCUGCGUAAUGACGGCAAUGUGCUGAUCGCAGUGGACACUGCAGGCCGUGUGCUGGAGCUUGCUCAGCUGUUGGAUCAGAUCUGGAGGACGAAGGACGCAGGUCUGGGUGUCUACUCUCUCGCCUUGCUCAACAACGUCAGCUACAAUGUGGUGGAGUUCUCCAAGUCUCAGGUUGAGUGGAUGAGUGACAAGCUGAUGCGAUGCUUUGAAGACAAGCGCAACAACCCGUUCCAGUUCCGCCACCUGUCUCUGUGCCACAGUUUAGCAGACUUGGCACGAGUGCCGAGUCCUAAAGUGGUGCUGUGCAGCCAGCCCGAUCUGGAGUCUGGAUUCUCACGCGAGCUUUUCAUUCAGUGGUGUCAAGACUCCAAAAACUCCAUCAUCCUGACAUAUCGUACCACUCCAGGCACACUGGCACGCUACCUUAUAGACCACCCCGGAGAGAAGAUGAUAGAUUUAGAGAUAAGAAAAAGGAUCAAGCUAGAAGGCAAGGAACUGGAGGAGUAUCUGGAGAAGGAGAAAAUAAAGAAAGAAACUGCUAAAAAACUGGAACAAGCAAAAGAGGUGGAUGUGGACUCGAGUGAUGAGAGCGAUAUGGAUGAUGAUCUGGAGCUGCCUGCUGUAGUGAAGACCAAACAUCAUGAUCUGAUGAUGAAAGGUGAAGGAGGGCGUAAAGGAAGCUUCUUCAAACAGGCCAAGAAGUCGUACCCUAUGUUCCCUACUCAUGAGGAGAGGAUUAAGUGGGAUGAGUACGGAGAGAUCAUUAGACCCGAGGAGUUUCUGGUUCCUGAGCUGCAGGCCACAGAGGAGGAGAAGAGCAAGCUGGAGUCAGGCCUGGCUAAUGGAGACGAGCCCAUGGAGCAGGACCUUUCUGAUGUCCCCACCAAGUGCAUAUCCAUCAAAGAGACACUAGAAAUCAGAGCUCGAGUCACUUACAUAGAUUACGAGGGCCGUUCAGAUGGCGAGUCCAUUAAGAAAAUUAUAAACCAGAUGAAGCCCCGACAGCUGGUUAUUGUUCACGGACCUCCAGAAGCUAGUCAGGACCUGGCCGAGUCCUGCAAGGCCUUCAGCGGUAAAGAUAUCAAAGUUUAUACACCCAAACUGCAGGAGACCGUGGACGCCACCAGCGAAACACACAUCUACCAGGUGAGACUGAAGGACUCUUUAGUCAGCUCUUUGCAAUUCUGCAAAGCCAGAGAGACCGAGCUGGCUUGGAUCGAUGGCGUGCUAGACAUGCGUGUGGUGAAAGUGGACACAGGCGUGCUGCCAGAAGAUGGAGACAUGAAGGACGACACAGAGGAUGGCGAGAUCACCAUGGAUGUGACCCCCGACCUCAUGACUGAGCCUAGCACUGUAGCAACGCAGCGGGCCAUGAAGACACUGUUCGGAGAGGACGAGAAGGAGAUAUCGGAGGAGAGUGAUGUCAUUCCUACACUGGAGCCGCUGCCCCCUACUGAGGCUCCCGGUCAUCAGGCCGUGUUCAUUAAUGAGCCAAGGCUCUCGGACUUUAAGCAGGUCCUGCUGCGGGAGGGGAUCCAGGCCGAGUUUGUGGGCGGAGUGCUUGUCUGUAAUAACAUGGUGGCUGUGCGCAGGACGGAAGCCGGACGGAUCGGGCUGGAAGGCUGCAUGUGUGAGGAUUACUACAGGAUUCGGGAGCUGCUGUAUCAGCAGUAUGCCGUGGUGUAGCAACGCCGCCUCCUCAGCUCUAAUCUGUUCUUCUGGGACCUACAUGUCCUAAUUCCUUAUUUUUGUAGUUUGUGUUUAUUUCUUGUUUAUCCGCGCUGUGUGGCCGUUGCUCUCCCUGACGUCACCCUCAGGAUGUGUGUACUCACAAAGACAUUUUAGGUUCUGAGAUCGGUCCUGAACUUGGAACGUGAUGUUGAAAACAUUUGAUUAUAGAUUAAUUAUUUGUGUUUUUUUUAUCUUUUGUUGUCUCAUGAUAAAAAAUGAGUUUUUCUGAAAUGUAAAA